AUGGCUUACCAACCCCAACCAUCCCAGGUGGUGAUGGUCACCUCCACCCAUCAAGGUGUCGGGACAUGGAGCACUGGCAUUUGUGACUGCUGCAGCGAUAUGGGGACCUGCUGCUGUGGCCUGUGGUGUUUCCCCUGCAUGCAGUGUCAGACUGCCAGUAAACAUGGAUGGUGCUGUGCCAUGCCACUGCUAGACAUCUGCUGUGUGUUGUCCUGCGCGCUGCGCUCCAGCAUUAGGCAACGCCACAAUAUUCCUGGCUCAUGCUGCGGUGACUGCUGUAAUGUAAUGUGUUGCUACACCUGUGCUUGGUGCCAGAUGAAUAGAGAAGUGAAGAUCAGAGAGCGCCAUCCGACUCGCACCGCCGUGGUCACCACUCAGGCCAGAGGAAUGUAG